AUGACCCACUGGGAGCGAGUUCAAAACGCUGCAUUGCGUUACCUGGCUCGAGUCAAUCGUUUUCGCCAAUCUUCUUCCAAAAAUGCAGCUGAAAUAAACGAGCAGCUAGCUCAAACAGAUAUAAUCCCAAACUAUGGAAACUAUCUUAUGAAGAUCUUCAUUGGCAGCCCACCUGUAGAAAGAUGGAAAUCUUCCACUUACAAGUCUGAGUCUUGCGGCUCAAGAAACUGUGCUCUUCUUCCUCAGCGUCAACAUAAAUGCAGAAACUCGAACCAGUGUUUGUUCCUUUACUUAUAUGGAGAUCAGUCUUACACAGUGGGAGAUUGGGCUGCAGAUUCAAUCCGUUUUGGCACUAGCGAUGGCCAAUCUGUUUCGUUCCCUAAGUCAGUGUUUGAAUGUGGACAUAACAAUCUUGGGAAGUUCAAUAGGCGUAUGGCAGGAUUUGUUGGACUAGGUAAUGGCCCUUUAUCCCUAAUUUCACAACUUGGUAAUCAGAUUGGUCGCCAAUUUUCCUACUGUUUGCCUCCUUUCAACGCAAAGGCUGCGACUAAGUUGAGAUUUGGAGAGGAAGCCAAGAUAUCAGCAAAUGGGGUCGUGUCCACUCCCAUCAUCACGAAUCCUAAUAAUCCCACCUUUUACUAUCUCAAUCUUGAAGAUUUCUACUGUUUCGCUCCUUUCGACGCAAAGGCUGCGACUAAGUUGAGAUUCGUAGAAGAAGCCGACAUAUCAGCAAAUGGGGUUGUGUCCUCUCCCAUAAUCGCCAAUCCUAAUCAUCCCACCUUUCACAACUCGCUCCUCAAUGACCGACUCAGAGCGAGUUCAAAACGCUGUGUUGCUGUCCAUUCUCGAGCCAAUCGCUUUAGCCAGUCUUCCGUGGCUGAGUCAGUAGAAACUGAUAUACUCCCUAAUGAUGGAAGUUACCUGAUGAAGAUAUCUGUUGUCGAUCACUCCCUUGAAAUGCGGCUCAGAUGA